AUGCUGCCUUAUGUGGUUGUCAAGAGAUUGUCAAUGCUUUAGUCAAGAGGUACAGAUAUUAAUAUUUAAGAUGUAACAUAGAAGGAUAUGGCAAUGCAGCAGUCCUUUUAGAAUUAGCCUAAUGAAUAUUUAUCAGUAAGUAUUACAAUUAAUAAUUAUUAGGGAGGCUUAAAAAAUGUAAAUCAAAAGUACUUAAUUUAUAUUCUUUAAGAAUAUUCAAAAUUAAGAUUUCUAAUUUGCCUUCUUCUCCUAAAACUUGUUAUCGUUCAAAUUUGUAUUUAACCCAAAAAAAUUAAAAAGUUCCGCUUAGGAAAUAAUAAAUAGCAUAAAAAUUACGAAAGAUGA